CCUUGACGGAUUUCACAGCUCCAGCAGCAAGGAAACACACCCGUCAGCAGCGCGCACUGGAGACAAAAAAGCGCAUCACGGACAAAGGAAACAUGGGUGCGCUGGAGAGGAUUCACCUCAGCCGGGUAACACAAUGGAUGAGCCGCUUGUGUUUCGUUUACCGGGAGACCAAUUAGCCCACCUUAAUGAGGUGCUGGGAUGCAAGAUACUGCAAGCUAAAAAGGCGGAAGGCUGCGUUUAAUCCGUCUGCGGAUCCUAUGAGCUUGCAAUGGCUGUGGCGGGGAUAUGCAACUGGAUAGGGAAUAAUGUGCCUUUUUAUUUUGUGAUAUUUUCCUUAUUUUGUGGCCUUUCGUUUGGACAAUUGCGAUAUUCUAUUACGGAAGAACUCGAAAAUGGGGCAUUGGUCGGUGAUCUGGCGCAUGACUUGGGGCUGGAUAUUCGAAAGCUCGCCACCCGAAAAAUUAAGGUAACCUCCAACAGCGGUAAACGCUAUGUGAUUGUCAACCCCAAAAAUGGCAAAUUACUCGUCAAUGAAAGGAUCGACAGGGAGGCACUGUGCGAUUUAUCCAACACCUGCCUCAUUAAUCUGGAAGUGCUGGUCGAAAAUCCCACUGAGGUGCACCAUGUCGAGGUGGAGAUUGUGGAUGCCAAUGACAAUGCGCCGCAGUUCCCCAGAGACGAGUAUCAACUGGAAAUCUCAGAAUCUGCUCUGCCGGGGUCUCGUUACCCGAUUGAAAACGCUCAAGACCCAGACAUUGGGUCAAAUUCAGUUCGUAUGUAUCAGCUCAGCACAAACGACCAUUUCGCGCUGGUAUCCAAUAAACCCUCCCUAAACACAAAGCACAUCGAGCUUGUGCUGAAAAAGCCCGUUGAUCGAGAACAGACGCCUUACCACCAAUUAAUUUUAAGUGCUGUGGAUGGUGGGACACCAGAGAAAACAGGCACGGCUAAAAUCAAUGUCAGGGUCCUGGACUCAAAUGACAAUGUUCCCACGUUCGACAGCUCAGUAUACAAGGUGAAACUGUUGGAAAAUUCGCCCAAAGACACCCUGGUUAUUAAACUGAAUGCUACUGAUCUGGAUGAAGGCACAAAUGGAGAGGUUUAUUACUCUUUCAGCAGCUACACUCCUGAGAGAGUGAGGCAGAUGUUCAGCAUGGACACCAAUACAGGAGAAAUAAGAGUGAGAAGCAAUGUUGACUAUGAAGAGACCAACUCCUAUGAGAUGUACAUUCAGGCGAUGGACAAGGGCCCUGGGGCCGUGGCAGCACACUGUAAGGUAGUGGUAGAGGUGGUGGAUGUGAAUGACAAUGUCCCUCAGAUAGUGCUGUCAUCUCUGUCGAGCCCCGUGAGGGAGGAUGCCCGUGCAGACACGGUCGUGGCCCUCAUUAGCGUUACUGAUCGAGACUCUGGCGCUAACAAGCAGGUGAGCUUGGAAAUCCCAGCAGGCCUUCCUUUCAAGAUCAAGUCAUUCAGAAAUUACUACACUCUGGUUACCUCAGCCUUCCUGGACCGCGAGACCACCGAUGCCUACAAUGUCACUCUGAGUGCCACGGAUGGAGGAAACCCUCCGCUUUCCUCCCAGAAGACCAUACAGGUGGAUGUGGCCGAUGUUAAUGACAACCCACCGCGAUUUGAACAGACUUCAUAUACUGUCUAUGUGGCUGAGAACAAUGCCCCCGGGGCCUCUUUGUGUACUGUGAAAGCUCAAGACGCAGACAUUAAAGAGAACGCACGCAUCACCUACACAGUGCUCAAUGACAACAACCAUGGCAUCCCUGUCACCUCAUAUGUGUCUGUGAAGGCCGAUACGGGGGAGGCUUAUGCCCUAAGAGCCUUUGACUAUGAGUCACUGAGAGAGUUUCACUUCCAGGUCAAAGCCCAAGAUGGGGGCAUUCCUCCACUCAGUCGCGUUGCCACUGUCUACAUCUACAUAAUGGAUCAGAAUGACCAUGCACCACUGAUAGUCAACCCUCCCGGCAAUGGUACACGCUCACUGGAAACGGUACAAAAGAAUGCAGAGCCUGGUGCCUUGGUGACCAAAGUGGUGGCAUACGAUGCAGACGCUGGUCCAAAUGCCUGGCUGGUGUACGUGCUGGAGACAGCCACUGACCUGGACUUGUUCAAGGUGCACGAACACACUGGUGAGAUCAGGACCACUCGGAGGAUCCUGGAGGACAACUCCACCUCCUUCGCUUUAACCGUUGUAGUGAAGGACCAUGGGCAGCCUGCUCUUUCCUCCACUGCCACCAUCAACGUGGCCGUCAUGGAGGUGCCCCCCAAAGUGGCUCCUGACCCCAAGAGGAUCAUCCGACCUCACAGCACACUACUCUUCUCCAAUGUGACCCUCUACUUGAUCGUGGCUUUGAGUGCUACCACCUUUGUUUUCCUGGUCACUGUGGUGGUGCUGGCCAUCGUUCGCUGCCAUGCCUACUGCACCCAGCCUGGGUCCUGCUCCCCUUGCUGUGUGUCUCAGAAGCCCCCUCCAGAUGGCGGGAGCAGCAGCGUAAGUGCUGGUGGGGCAGGCGGUGGUGCAGCCGGAGCACAGCCUAAUAACAAUGUGGUGCUUCGGAGAGACCUUAAAGUGGAGCCUCACUACAUUGAAGUGCGCGGGAAUGGCUCCCUCACAAAGACUUACUGCUACAAGACCUGCCUGACAGCCACCUCUGGCAGUGACACUUUCAUGUUCUACAACACGGGACGCCCCAUCAGUGGCACCUGGGGCAGCGGUGCCGACCGCUUCUUCACGAGUAAUAGUGGAUUUGUACGAAGACUGAGUAUGCCUGAUGCCUCGCUGCAGCUCUGCCCAGAGCCGAAAGCCCCGAAUGCUGACUGGCGAUAUUCUGCAUCUUUGAGGGCAGGGGUGCAGAGUUCGGUCCACAUGGAGGAGUCCUCUGUGAUGCAGGGAGCCCAGGGGAUGCUGGUCCAGAACUGGCCAACUGUGUCCAGCGCUGCAGAUGGAGAUGGUGGUGAACUAUCGCCUCCAGUGGGUGCUGGAGUCAACAGCAACAGCUGGCACUUCAGGUACGGUGCCGCACAGGGUUACGGCCCUCCUCAGCCCCUGAAGCCCGGCGAGAUUCCUCCUGAAGCCUUCAUUAUCCCUGGAUCCCCAGCCAUCAUUUCUAUCCGCCAUGACGCCGGCCCUGUGGAUGACAAAGGUGACUUCAUAAGCUUUGGCAAGAAGGAUGAGGCCAAGAAGAAGAAAAAGAAGAAGAAGGACAAGAAGGACAAGAAGGAUAAAGGAAAGGAUGAUGGGGGGGAUGAUUAGAGGAGAAGGGGUGACUUGAAAACAGAGCUACCAACAAAUCCCAAUUACAGAGCCAGAAUAAAAAGCCAAAUGCAUAUUGUAGAUGCAAGGGAGCCUCCUUGCACUAUAUUUGCAAAGACAUUGUACAGUGGCCAACCCUCAUUAGACAAGUCCUGGCUCCCCACACCAUGUGAACUUGCUAAACAAAUGUUUCUUUUUCUUUCUUGGCUCAUUGGCCCAUAACUUUAGCCUGUAAAAGUCUAAGGUUUAUGGUUAACAAAUGUUCGUAGUCGACAGACUUCAUCUAAGGUUGGACCAAAUUCAAACAGAAAGGGUUUUAUUGGAUUAGAUUAGCCUUUCUGUGAUUUGCUGCCCCCACCAGUUUGUAUAAUGAAAACAAAAACACCUGAAAAGGUGUACUAUUUGUAUCUGACCAUUGUCAGCUGAGGCUGCCUGUGUUGGCAUCUCUGUCUUUAUGCAGCCCCCUUCCUUUUUGGCUCACCUAGUUGGAGGUGAAGUGAAAGCCAAACAAAAAAAAAAAAAGAAACAGAGGCUUUUGUCUUCAGUAUUAUGGAGGCCUUGUAGAAAUUCAGAAAAUGUGGUCUUUUGUAUAAAAAAAGAAAAAUGAAAAAGUAACAACAUACAGUAUAUGUACCAUGAGAUUAGCACCUUGAAGAGAAUGAGGUGGCUGAGACAAGCAGGACCACGCUCGAGCUCUGUUUCAGUGUAACAUAGCACAUUGCUGAGGCUGAGGACCUGGACUGGGUUGCACCAACUAUGCGCAAGUUUGUUCCCAGGUUAGGGUAUAAAGUAGCGGCUUCAUAACUGCUAGUUAAUUUGCAAGAGCAAGUUACUAAAUUCGAUUGUACCAUGGGUAGUAAGGGGGGAAUACUACGGCUCUAACUAGUUAUAACAUAAGACUUUACAUGAGUAGCCAAUCAGUAAUAGCAUUACCUCGCUGCCACACGGAUUUGCAGUUGACAAGAUUGGCAUAAAAAUUACGAUUGGUAUAAAGAAUCCAUAUUUGACUCUUUAAGGGCAAUACUAACAUGGUUUAGUCUCUUUUCUACAAAUCUUAUAUCCUUAACCUCACUGCUGAUAUUUUGCGUUUUCAGCAUUUUAAAAGUAUUUUCCUAUCUUUCAGGCAGCCGUUGUUGAUUUCAUUUAUUAGCACAAAAACAUAUAUGUUGAGAUUCCAUAUUUUUUCACAUUAAAGCUGGGGUAGGCCUAUUUUUUGGCAUCGUUGUCAAAAAUCCUAUGAUAACCUCUGAGCAUAUUGUAAUUUAAGUGGUCUGAGAGAAAACAAGACUUCUGCACCGCCUCUUGGCUCUGUUUUCAGGCCUUAGAAAUUCUAGCCCAUGACAGGAGAAUUGAGCGAAUCACAGGUCAUUUCAAAGACAGGACGUUCCUAUUAGUUGUUGCUGCAAAUGUGCACGUCCAUGGAAAUUGUGAAAGCCUGAUUCAAUGGUGGAAAAUCCUGCAGAAAAAGUAGCUGUUCAAACACUGACAACAACUGAAAAGUUCAUGUUUAUGUAGCUAACGUUGAAUGACAGUGUGUCAUUUCAAAGGGCUUUACAGGCCCACAAGUUUGCAAAGAAAACAGGACGAUAUUUCUACCUCCAGUCCUACAUAACGGCAUUGAGAUGAUUGAAAUCACUAGUCCUCAUGCACGUUACUGUGUAAGCUUAUAUGCUUGUCUAAACAUCUGGCUUUUUUUGCCUUCUCCAGAAAACUGCCUACCCCAGCUUUAAGAAAUCCAUCAAAGUGAACACAGCAUCUGGUUUUAUUGUGGUAAUAUGCAGAUACAUUUAAAAACUGCGUCAUGUUAUCACAUAACAUGGCAAUGAAACACAGACGUGAUGGAUUAAAGUGCGUCUCACCAUGUUGAUUUUCGUGUUGUAUGGAAAUGAAUGGGAAACAAAUUCUGCUUGAAAAAAGACAGAUUUAAAAAAAAAAAAAAAACGGAAAGCAAUCAUCAGUAACGUAUAAUUUGUAGAAAAUGGGCUGAAACAUCCAAAAUCACUGUUGAAGUCCUUCAAGUUUCAAAAUGACAUGGAAUUAUUAAUGAAAAAAAAUACGCUGUGUGCAAAAAAAGAAAAAAAAAAUCCUGCUUUACUGUUAGUGAGUACAAUUGUGUGACUUCGUAUCAUUUGCACCUGCUUUAUUGCUUGCUUAACUAUUUAGUUGUUACUUAAGGUUACGUUGUAACAGAUUUUUGUGGUGCUACCGCUUGUGUUUUAGCAAUGCGUGAAUCGGGAUUAGUGGCUACUUCGGAUAUAACUAGGGAACCUACGUGCAGCUGUUGCAACCGGCCCCUGACCUUGCCUCUCCUCUUGGAAUACGGCACAGGUCAAUGGGGUCUUAUUCCCACUGUGUAUCGGCACACCCAGUCUGACACACAUUAGUGUACACAAACACUGAUUCUCUCUGCCUCCUACUCACACACAGACAUACACACAUGCUCUCUCUUGCUCACUUACAGAUAGACACACAGUACAUACAAACGACAAAGAUAUACUAAAAGAAUACGCACCCCUUUCUGGAAACUCCAAGACUGACGGCCAGUGCCAUCCUUAACAUGGAAGUGUAUUAUAUGGCUGGGACGCAGGAACGUUGCUUGUUGCUUCAUUUCUGUUCAAGCCUGAUCCCUCUGAUUCUGUCUUUGAAUGUUAAGUAGUUGUUCUUCAAGCCCUGCACCACUGCCUCGACUGCUUCAGUGCUUGUAGGAUUUGCUUGCCCGCUGCCUGUUUCCUCCCUCUACUCCUGUUUCUUCAAAUCAACAUGGUUGGAUAACACCUUUCAAGUCACUCUCCUUCAAUGAACUGUGCGGCCCUAACACAGUGACAUUUGUGCAUUUGCAUAUACACACUGAAAACACACAUAGACAUGUGCACAUAGACUCCACACACACACACACACACACACACACACACACACACACACACACACAUACUUUGUUGGGUUCAGCUGAGCUUAGAUUGCUUAUUGUCGACAGCUCUGUCAUCUCUCGCAUAUUGCAUUGUAAGGACCUCUGACAAGUUAGCAGAAUCUGAGAGUAUGUUGUAUUGGAUAUAAUGAGACAAGAUGGAGAGGCAAAGGAAGAGUCAUUGUAGUGUGUAGCUCCAUCGUAGAGGGUAAAGAAACCACAGCAGAGUUAAUUGGGCAGGUCAUUCUUCCUUUGCACUAGCAGAGGUACUGCAGUUAUUCCUGCGUCAGCCAUUAGUGACAGCUGAUCAACUUGGGCCGACUAAAACCACUUACACAAUAAGUGCAGGGCAGUUCAGCAGCAGCAGUGGAAAGAGGUUGACUUGUGGUUGAUUUGGAAGUGGGGGAAAUCCACUUAAGGAUUAAUGGAGGGGAAGCACACUGUUGACACUGUUUAUGUUGCACCAGUGAGAGGCGAUGAUACCAGAGAGCAAGCAAAAAUCAACACAAGUCAAACCUCACAGCUGGAAAGACCCUAAAUGAUAUAUUUUUGGCUUAAUUGCUGCACAAACAUCAUAAACAAUGCAGCUGUACAGGAGAAAUGUCCAAGUUGCAGCGACCCAAGUGUGAACUGUGUGACGUGAUCAGCUUUAUUUGACCCCGACAUUGUGAAUCCCGGGUGUAGCAUGGUAGAGAAAGUGCAGUAGAUAGAGUGCAGAAUGAGCAGUAGAUAUUGGAACAGCAUCAACAUGAUGAAAAGUGUCAUAAAAUCUCACCUCAGUGUUCCUUUUUUUUAGAACAUCGUCUUACCAGUCACAGUAGGGGUAUAUAGUUGCUGCUAUCAGGCUCAAUCCCUCCCAUGCACACGUGUCUUUCCCCCCUGCUGUCCUUCAGGUGUACUUCUGUGCUGUCAGAUCACCAAGUGGCUGUUUGCAUGUUAUAAGCAAAGGAAACAGAUACUAUAUAGAUACUAUAUAUACAUAGAUAUGUUUUUCCACUGGGAAAUGCGUAUUGGAAUACAUAUACCUCUGAUACACAUUCUCAAAGACGAUACACACACAUUGAACGACCCAUACUCAUCCACACAUUCAUAUACAUACACACAUAUACUCUAUUGCAAACAGUAAUUUGUGGAAAAACCUAAAAGAAUCACAUUUUUUAUCCUGUUGAAAAUUUAAUCUUCUAGAUAUACAUAAUGCUAUUGUGUUAUGCUAUGAAAUGCUUUUUUUCUGUUUUUACCCUUAUGAUUUUCAUAGAUAAGAAAACUGAUCCUUAAAGUUGUGUUAAGCUUUGAAACAAUGAUCAAACAAACACUAUUGUGAAAUCGAAUCAUUUACUCACCCUCCAUAUGUAUCCCUUAAAAAAAAGCAGAAAAAGAAAAAAAAAAUCAAAAUACAUAAAAUGGUAUUAAAAAAAUAAAGUUGAUGUAUUCUCUGCUUGUGUAUAGUGAAUGUUCCUCAGUCGCUGGGUGUGGCAGUGAGUGGCACACACCAGUCGACUGUGACAGUGCAGAUCUGUUAAUAACUUUUUUUUUGUACACCUGCUUAUCAUUGUAAAGGUGAUAAUAGUGAUUCUUAUGAUUUCAUCAAUCUGGUAAUGUGUUUUGUUAAUAAGUCACAAAUAAAGUUUUUCUUAAAUAUCUUAA